UCUGUAAGUAUAUAAAGAGAUCCGUACAGCUUUCAUCAUCUAGUUAACACGUUCUCGUCAUCAUGCAAGCUCUGAGCAUCCCUCUUCUGGUCUGUCUCGCUGCUGUCGCAUUUGGGUUCCCUGAAACCGAAAUCGUCGGUGGCCGAGAUGCGUCCUCCGGUAUGUUCCCAUACCAAGUUUCCCUUAGACAAAAUGGAAGACACUUCUGUGGUGGAUCUAUCAUCAGCAACCGACACAUCCUUACUGCCGCACAUUGCGUCCAAGGAUUGAAUAACCCAAAGAUCGUUUCUAUCCACGCUGGGACGAACCAAUUGAAUUCUGCUGGAGCAACCUACGGAGUUGAAAGAAUCGUCGCUCAUGCCGGGUACAACGCGAAUUCUCUCGUCAAUGACGUAGCUCUGAUUCGCGUCGACAGAAACAUUGCCUUCAACAAUUUGGUCAAAGCUGUUAAAUUGGCCUCAGGCGGCUCUUACGAUGGUUCCGACAGUGUUUUGUCUGGAUGGGGAUUACUCCGAGCUGGAGGCUCUCUACCAAACAACCUGCAAUACAUCAAUUUGCGCAUUCAAAAUCUGGCACAAUGUAAACAGGUCCACAGAAAUGUGGUAGAUUCUCACAUCUGUACUUUCACCAGAUACGGCGAAGGAGCUUGCAACGGUGACUCCGGCGGUCCCCUUGUUGUCAACGGUGUGCAAGUCGGUGUUGUAUCCUUUGGAAUACCUUGCGGUGUUGGAAAACCCGAUGUCUACACAAGAGUAUCCUCUUUCGGACCCUGGAUCAGGCAACAACAGACCUACCUUCAAUACGGCGGAGAACAACCUGCGGAAACCAUCUACAUUGCUUAAACCUACGAUUGAUGAACUUUUCACAAUCGGCACUAAAAUUUGAUAAUAAAGGAUUCUUACAUAACGAUAAUAAUUCAUGAGGACGAAUUGUCUGUUGUUUAUUUAUUUUCAAAAUUAAAAUGUAAUACUAAAAAUAAAGAAAGUAUAUAUUAACCGAA